UUUUUUUUAUUUUUUUGGAGACAGUUCCAUAUAACCCAGGCUGACCUCAAAUUAAGUAUGUAUUUGCAGGUGACUUUGGAGUACUGAUCGCUGCUUUUACGUGCAGAGCUGCUGGGAUUACAAGCAUGAGCCCACUCGAUAAAAUAUUUUCACGUGCUAAAAUUACUGCCUGGAGUAUCGGAAAACGAAUCCUGAAAGACUGCUAUGUGAUCCCAUCAUGUCCAGGAGUGAUUUGGUUCUAGGCGAGAGAUACAAAGAUAAGCCUAAGGAACCUGACACAUAGCCUCAGUCUAAGGGACAGAGUAGAUUUUCCAGAGCUAAAGGCCCACCAAACAUAACAUUGUACCUGAAAAAUCCCACCCAGAGAGACCCUUACUCAAGUCUUGGGAAAUCGCGAACCCCAGACACAGAGAGACCAUUUUGGAUGUAAUAAGCAAAGGCGAGGUUUAUUACGGAGACCUAUUACAGAGAUCUCGGGCCGACAUGUAACCCGAGCAGGAGACAGAGGUGUCGACCCCGAGAGGCUGGGAAAAAGAGUAUUUAAAGGCAGAGGCUGUGAGCACCAGGGGAUGGGGGAUGUCAAAGGGGAAGGCACCACAAGUUACAAGAUUGUUUUAUGGCUCCAGGAGAUAAGGGGACGCCAGAAGGUUUUAUGGCCCCCUGGUUCCUGGAACAGAGCUACUAAAUCAGGAGAAGGGUAGGGUCUUCAGGUCCUCAUUAUUUUUAAAAGUUUGUCAAAAUUGAUGAAGCAUUUGUAUUUGAAACACCUCUGGUUAGGCUUGGGCUGCCCAGUUUCUUGGAGUGCUCUCUGCAGGACACAAUGGCUGAAAAGCACAAGUAGGGGCUUAUCAGGGUCUGGAGGACAUCUGGUUAAAGUAUGACUCUGAGUAAGGGGGCGGGGGGGAUGUCUUUGGAUGGUUUAUGGCUCAGUCCUCGAUAGCCUGAGCUGGUUUUUGCAUUCCUUUUCUUUAUCUUUAUGGCCUGUUAUUCCUGGAGGCAGGGCUUAGCCCUGAGUUUGUGACUUUUGGGGCUAACUCUUUUAAUUUUAUAUUUCUAAACCUAGAAUUCGUAUAAUUUUCUUUUCAGUACCUUAAACAUAAAAACAAGUUGUUGAGCUGAAAGUCAGACCAAUGCAGAGGUUAACUUUGUUACAGUUUUAAGCGAUUAUUUCAUAGUGGGAAGAUCUGAUUUCACUAUUCUGUUUUUCUUAAACAUUUUACAUAAUGUUACUUUAGGCAACAGCAACCUAGACCUCAAAACCUUUCUUUUUCUUUUUUUUUUUUUUUUGGACAAGGACUUUAUAGUAUGCAGUCCAGGCAGAUCUUGAGCAUUCCAAGUGCUGGGGUUACAAGAAGGUGCCACCACAUCUGGCACGUGCAUUUGGUUAUACAUUAUUACAGCAUUUGGGAGACGUCUUUUUAUGUGCUGGAAACAACAACAACAACCCCCCCCCACAAAACAAACAAACAAACAAAAAAAAAGCAAAGCAAAACCAAACCAAACCAAACAGUCCCAAAGUGGGAACAGACAGGUUUACUGCGGAGGGCCCUAGGUGUAGGUGCUUCCUCUGCUUCUGACCCUAGCUGUCUCUCAACAAGCAUUCCUUCCCGUUACAGGCUGUGGCUUCGGCGUGGACCCAGGAGGCGCCAGCACAGGGUCCAACGCAUCCCCAGUCGCCAGGCAUGGAGAGUGCGCCGGGUCCGCACACGUCCGUCUCAUCACCCGCUACAGAGACCCCCACGGAGAGGCUGGUGUUAGGUGGCUCCGUAGAUCCAGUCGGCACAUCACUGACUCGAAGCGGAGCUGGUGACGAACUUGGUCACCAGACCCGGUGGUCCCGAGCUACGCAGCACACAAACAGAACAGCGGCAGAGUGGGAGGAACUUCAGCUCUCGCGGAAUCUGCAGAAGCCGCCAGUCUCCUGGGCAAGCCUCGCGUUGUUUGGUUAAGGGGCGGGGCGUUCAGCGAGAGGGCGGAGUCCAACCCGGGUAGGGGUGGGAGGUGUUCCCAGGUCCUGUUGACUGGCGUCUUUCUUCUGAGGGCGCCUCGCGCGUGCGCAGCUCCCAGGAGGUGGUGGCGACUAGGGCAGUCCAGCUGCCCUGGUCGCGGGUUGCCGGUCGGGCCCCGCCCUCCCGCGCCGGCGCUGGCGGACGCUGUGCCCGGCCAGUCGGCUGUCUCUGCGGCGCUCCGCCCGCCGCCGGCCUGCCGCUGCUUUGGCCUGGAGGGCUCCCGCCUACGCAGGCUCGUGACGCGGGGGCUGGGACGGGGCUCUGGGGACAGAGCGGCCGCUGCUGCUGUGUGAGCGUCUUCUGCGUCUUCGUUUGUAGCUCAGUUCGUAGUUGGAAGUUGCACUGCGUUUGACGAGCUGUGCCAUGUGAAGUGCUGCGAAGGACUGUAGUCUCUACCUGCUCCGAGCCAGUACCCUGAAAUGUCCUUUUGGAAUAAAUCAUGGGAUUGAACUUCAUUCAGAUGUGGUGGAGUAUGCCAAGGAAAAACUGGAGAGUUUCAUCAAAAAUAGUGACAGCUUUGAUAAUCAGCUCCUAGACCUAGACUAUCCGUCUAAGAGGGAAGCUACAGGGCAAGGCUAGGUCACCCUGAUCUCCUAGCUGCUUUUCAAAAGAAUUAUAUGGGCAAGUUGGCAAGGUCCCUGCUGUGAAUGAAAUCAUCUGUCCAUCUGAAGAUGAAGAUAACCCAACAUGCAGCUAUAAAGAAAGCCACUGCUAAGAUUUGAAUUCUGUGAACCCGCAUUUGUGGUGGGUAAUUGCCUUCAGAUAGCUUCUGACAGUCAUCAGUAUGAUCGAAUUUACUGUGGUGCUGGAGUCCAGAAAGACCACGAAAACUACAUGAAGAUCUUACUCAAAGUUGGGGGCAUAUUGGUCAUGCCUAUAGAGGAUCAGUUGACACAGAUUAUGCGGACUGGACAAAACACUUGGGAAAGUAAAAAUAUCCUUGCGGUUUCCUUCGCACCACUAGUACAGCCUAGUAAGAAUGAUAACGGCACACCGGACUCUGUAGGGCUCCCCCCGUGUGCUGUCAGGAAUCUCCAAGACUUGGCUCGUAUUUACAUUCGACGUACACUUAGAAACUUCAUAAAUGAUGAGAUGCAAGCCAAGGGGAUUCCACAAAGGGCUCCACCCAAGAGGAAAAGGAAGAGAGUUAAACAGAGAAUCAACACCUAUGUAUUUGUGGGUAAUCAGCUUAUCCCUCAGCCUCUAGACAGUGAAGAGGAUGAAAAAAUGGAAGAAGACAGCAAGGAAGAAGAGGAGAAAGAUCACAGUGAAGCCAUGAAGCGUGAAGAGCCACCUCAGAACCUACUGAGGGAAAAGAUAAUGAAGCUGCCACUCCCGGAGUCUUUAAAGGCUUACUUGACAUAUUUUAGAGACAAGUAACUUAAAACAAAGAAGAAUGCCUACUGAUAAACUCCCUUACUCUUGUAAAUGUAGUGUUAAUUAGGAGUUAGAGAAUUACUUCAUUAGAAUGAAUUAUUGCAGAAAAAAAGCAUAAGUUAUUUCUCUUAAUGACAGAAAUGAUGUAUUCAGUGAUUUAAAGAGUCUCUUUCCUAAAAUCUAUUUUUCUUAAGUCUUGAAGAAUUGCUGUUUUGAUCUCAAAGUGGAAUGGGUCAAUAGUAAGAACUUUGUAUACAGUACUCUUUCUGGUCUUCAUGGAUUUGUAGUAUUGGCAAUUGAAUUUCAUUCUAUAAGAGGUUGAUACAUUGUCACACACAUAUAGGCUUAUUUAAAUUGCAGUUUGCAUUUCCGUUAUGCGAGCUUGCUUAUCUAAUAAGGAAAGCAAAUGCUUGUAGACCUAUUUACCUUACUUUUGUUCUAGACAUAUUCCGGGCAACAUAUGAGUGCAAUACUAAUUCAAGAUGCUGAAUAAUUUAGCUUUAAAAACAACCGACUUCAUGAAAUUUUACAGAUCUGAACCUUUAGCUAUUGCCAAAAGGCAUGGGGAAAAUUCCUGCUUCUCUCAUAGAGAUUUUAAGAGCACAGCUAGUGAAUGUUAAAGUAGGAAGUGGCUACUUGACACAACUAGAUUGUAUGGGCCCUUUGUGUUCUCAGUAUUUAAAGAUAAUGAGGUUGUCUUAACUGUAGACUUUGGUAGUAUAUUUAGGAUUGCUUUUCUAUAAAUAACUAUAAAGUACUAGAUUUGAAAAGUCAUUCAUUGUCCCACUUGCCUCUAAAUGCAGACAGUGAGUACGUCACAUUAAGUGACCACCACUUCUUAGGGACUGCCAGUAGCAGGGGGAAUGAUACGGCCAGUUGAGGCAUUUAGCAGUGGAACUGUUCUAUAAGUGGGUAUUUAUUUUUGACAAGGUAGGCCACACUGGCCUCAUCUGCUCUGAGUCUUCCUAAUAUAGAAAGUCAUGGAAGUUGUAUGUAGAUGCCUUUGUGUUAAAUUUUGCUUCAGAAUCAGAGUUGGAUCUCUGGGACACAUACCAAGCUCGUUUGCCUUCAUUCUGUAUUUUGUUUCUUUGAUAAAAUAAUGAUUUUCAUUUUUUGCUUAAUACUACAUUCUUAAGCUACAUAGACUCUCUCCGUGAUACAACAGGCAGUGCAUGCUGUUACUAGUUCUUUCCUCCUAGUAAGGCCUGCACAGUUAUUUCUUGUUAAGAAGCUGUGAGAUGUGACCUACUUACUGCUUAGCAUCACACAGAAGGGAAGAUUUCAAGUGUCUCACUUAUUCCCACCACAUCACUGUCAGAACAGCCUCUCAGAUUCACCCAAAGAAAUACAAUCAUGAUGACUCAAAUGGUGUAUAACUCAGGUCCAGUAAUUCUGCAUAGGUAAUCAGUUAAAACAGUUUAAACAUGAAAUUGAUUCAAAUAUUGAUAAUGUUUUACUAAUGUGAGCAACAGUGUUAUGGAAAGGAUUCAUUUGACUCUUGUGGAAUGGGCCUGUCUAAUUUUUCUUAACAUAAUCGGUAAAGUAUUACUAAGAAAUGCUCCAUCCUGUUUCUGUCCAAGAAAGGAAAGCGAUACCUCCUGCUCCCUGAGGUGGUACUGGGGAUUUAACCGGGACCAGGACCUCCUGCACGCUAGACAAGCACUCUACAAAUGAGAUAUAUUCCUAGACCAACAAAUCCUUUUGUUCUGUCUAAAAAUUUGUUUAAGAAGUUUAAUCUUGAACUCCAGAUGCCCACAUAGUCUUAUCUGGGAAGAUAUUCAUUUAUUUCUCAUUUUGUCACCCAUAUCUACUUUUUCUUAGAGGUUGAUGUACAGAUAUCUGAAAAUAUGUAUUCCUCAAUGAUCUUAUUUAGGAGAGUGUUUUUACUGUCAUAUUUAAAAAUAGAUUAUUUUCAUGCUGCCUUCUGUUGAUUUUGGCAAAUUGUAUAAUAGAUUGUCUUGAUCAUUGCAUUUUUUGUCUUUUAAAUGUAUAUUUUGUCUUUUUAAAUUCAUUUACUUCUCAGGUGUGACUUUAUGGUUGACUUUAAAGGUAUGAAUGAAUGAAAAUUUAAGGAAAGCUGUCUUAUCUAUUAACUUAGAUGCAUUAGAAUAAGAAUAUUUGGGUUUGAGCUUCUUUUUAUUUGAGUAUAGAAAGUUAUGCUUUAUAAGUAAAGAAAUAGCAAGUACAGAGGAAAUAAAAAUAAAUGGAAGAAAGUAAAAAGGAAAAAAACCCUAAGAAAAUGAAACAAAAAAAAAAAUGUAAGCGAAAGCAAGCCACAUGUGAUGGCCAACGCCUGUGACCAGCACUUGAGAGACUGAGGCAGGAAGAAUACUACAAGCUUGAGGCAUGUGUGGUUUCAGAGUGACUUUGAAGCCCGUCUGGGCCAUAGAGUAAGACCAGGUUUUGUUCUGGAGAACAUAAACAAAAGUAUAUGAUAAUUACAGGGAAUAGUCUCAUGGAUUUACAUAAAGACAACAAGAGGGCUUGAGUGGAGAUGUGUGGUGCUGAAGUCUUGCAGAUUGGAGGCAGGGCCUGACAGAGCAUCCACCAUUACCAAAAUCCUUAGGAUCUGGGAGCGACACCAUAGCUGCCAAGGGUCUGAUUUAAAUCUGUUCUACUCACUGGUCAACAUAUUGGACUCUGCUGUUAAUGUAAUGUUAAAAUAGCAUACCUGGUGAAAAUAAAAUACAGGAAGUGUGUUGAGUGUUUGAGAUGAAAGUAAAAGAAAACCUAAAUCAUUGGGCAACUUGGGAGGAAAAUCAUUUCAAAUAAACAAAUCACAUCAUUACACAGCA